AUGAUUUGGAGGGGAUUGGAACACCUGAAUCACAUGAUAUGGAGGGGAUUGGAACACCUGAAUCACAUGAUAUGGAGGGAUUGGAACACCUGAAUCACAUGAUAUGGAGGGGAUUGGAACACCUGAAUCACAUGAUAUGGAGGGGAUUGGAACACCUGAAUCACAUGAUAUGGAGGGGAUUGGAACACCUGAAUCACAUGAUAUGGAGGGGAUUGGAACACCUGAAUCACAUGAUUGGAGGGGGAUUGGAACACCUGAAUCACAUGAUAUGGAGGGGAUUGGAACACCUGAAUCACAUGAUAUGGAGGGGAUUGGAACACCUGAAUCACAUGAUAUGGAGGGGAUUGGAACACCUGAAUCCAAUGAUUUGGAGGGGAUUGGAACACCUGAAUCACAUGAUAUGGAGGGGAUUGGAACACCUGAAUCACAUGAUAUGGAGG